GGUUUUAGGUGCCGGAAAUCCUUUUAUGUACAGUAUUCAUUUCUGCCAACAUGGAGUGGCAGGACUUUGCCUUCAGGAGAGAGGGAAAUAAUGGAUCCUCAGAGGCAGAGGAGAGCUAGGCAAUGAUGGGCAACAUAUUCUCUGUCUCUGCUGUUUCUCUCUCUCACACAAAGGCCAUGAGGCUUUUCUUGGAAAACCAAGGAGGAGGAGGAGAAGACGAAACACAAGUGCAGAGUACUUUCCAGUUCCAGCAUCAAGGUUAUUUUCUUGAACUCUUGAGUAUUGUACUUCUUCCUGGAGAAGGAUGGAGGAGGUCCUGGCUAGUCUGUGUGGGACCAGUCCAAUAGAUCCACUUCCUGUCUGGGUCCAUGAUAAUAUUGGACACUGUUUUAAUCAGUUGAUUUUAAACAUUAUUCCCCAUACAAUAAUUGCUGUAAUCAGUGCCUGCUACAUAGGAACACCAAGGUCUUUAGCCUCUCGGGCUGUGUACAAACCUGGAUGGAAGUGCAGGAUUGUUGCAUCAUUUCUUCUUGCUGGUUUGUCCAUCCUUGACAUAAUCCCUGCAAGCAUUUGGCAACAGAAAUUGGAUCCCUUAUACUUAGAAGUACUGUCAGAUGGCAUAGUCACCUUGGCGUGGCUUACACACAGCUUGGCACUGCUUGCUAUCUACAAGUCUCCAUACAGUUUCCAUCGUGGUCCUGUAAUCUUACUGAUCCUUGCCUUCCUUCCCAUCCCAUCACUUAUCAUCACAUUGAUUUGGCAUUGCCAGACUGAAAUAGAUGGUCAGCAUCUUCAACCUGUCACUGUCUUUAGACUUGCCAUCCUUUGCUUGCAGUUGGUCUCUUUUCUUCUCUAUUUUAUUGGGUACAUCAUCCCUGUGGCUGACAGGCCAGAUUUUUUCUCUCUCAAUGAUUCAUACCAGCAUGAACCCUUGAUCACAGACUUGGGGAUUUCUGUACCCACCUGGCCAGGAGUGGCAGAAGAUGGAGAGAGCUGGCUUUCUCGUUUCUCCUAUGCUUGGAUGAAUCCCCUGAUGAAGUUUGGCUACCAGCGGAUGCUAAAUCGGCCACAGGAUAUCUUUCAGCUCCCUCAACAGCUCCAGGCCAAUAGAGUCCGUGAACAUUUCUGUUCCUGUUGGCAAGAAAAAGCAGCUCUCGGCCAAGAGAGUGAAAAUAUUGCAUCUUCCACUGAUGGAUUAUUUUCCCAAAGUGAAAGAUUUUCAGUUUCAACAUUUUCUCAUAAGACUCAAAAGUCUGUACAUCUUCUGUCAGUGCUGCACACAGCUUUUGGGCUGCGCUACUAUUCCCUGGGCCUUCUAAAACUGGCUGGCAGUCUGCUAGCAUUCUCUGGGCCCCUGCUCCUGAACCUUCUGGUCAGUUUUAUGGAGUCACACAAAGAACCUCUGAGCCAUGGGGUGAUGUAUACAUUGGGACUUUUUGCUGGUUCCUUCCUGGGUGCCAUUUUAAGAAACCAGUUUAGUUAUGAGAUAAACAAGACAAUGCUUGUGGUGCGCACUGCAGUCAUCUCUGCCAUCUAUCAGAAAGCCCUUCGAGUGAGUGGAAGUAGUCUGGCUGGCUUCACCACAGGUGAGAUUGUCAACUUUAUGAGCACUGACACUGAUCGGUUGGUCAACUUCUGUCUCAGUUUCCACGAGUUAUGGAGCCUUCCCUUCCAAUUUGCCAUCACUCUCUACCUCCUGUACCAGCAGGUAGGAGUGGCUUUCCUGGGAGGGCUGGCUUUGGCUCUGCUACUUGUGCCCAUCAAUAAAGUGAUUGCUAAUCGCAUCAUGGAGAAUAACAAAGAGAUGCUGAAGCACAAGGAUAUACGUGUUAAGUUGAUGACAGAGUUCUUGUGUGGUAUGCGAGUGAUCAAGUUCUACACCUGGGAAAAGCAUUUUGGCACUAGAGUCCAUGCUUCCCGAGCUCAAGAGCUAAAGAGCCUGCAAGCACUCAAAUAUCUGGAUGCUGUAUGUGUCUAUCUUUGGGCAGCUUUGCCUGUGGUUGUCUCUAUUGUCAUAUUUAUCACUUACGUUCUACUAGGACACCAGCUUUCAGCAACCAAGGUGUUUACAGCUUUGGCCCUUGUUGGGAUGCUCAUUCUCCCUCUGAAUAAUUUUCCUUGGAUAUUGAAUGGGAUCUUGGAAGCCAAAGUAUCUUUGGAUCGAAUCCAGCACUUCCUUGAGCUUGCAGACCAGGAUCUGGAUUCCUAUUACAGCAGAGCUGGACCUUCUGAUCCAUGUUCUCUGCUAGAAAUGCACAAUGCCAUCUUCUCAUGGUCGACAGCAAGCAAUGUUAACAGUGAACCACAAACACCUAGAACAAGUUUGGAGCUUCAUAUUCAAGAUUUGAUGGUAGCAAAGGGAGCACUAGUGGGAAUUGUUGGAAAGGUUGGCUGUGGAAAGAGUACUUUGCUUGCAGCUAUCACAGGAGAACUCAAAAGACAAGGUGAGCAGGUUUACAUUUGGGAUCUGGAGAAAGGAUUCGGCUUGGUCACGCAAGAGCCCUGGAUCCAGUUUACAAGUGUUCGAGAAAACAUCUUGUUUGGAAAGGAAUACGAUGCCAGAUUUUACCAGGAAGUAAUAGAAGCCUGUGCUCUCUCUGAUGACUUGAACAUUUUGCCAGCAGGUGAUCAGACAGAGGUGGGUGAGAAUGGAGUGACCCUCAGCGGGGGACAGAAAGCUCGAGUCGCACUUGCUAGAGCUGUUUACCAGGAGAAAGAACUAUAUCUUCUUGAUGACCCCCUGGCAGCUGUUGAUGCAGAUGUAGCCAAUCAUUUAAUGCAGAAGUGCAUUUUGGGAAUUCUCAGACAUAAAACCAGGAUUCUUUGCACCCACAGAACUGAAUUCUUGGAGAAGGCUGACAUCUUAUUGCUGAUGGACAAUGGCAAGAUCAUCAAGACAGGAACCCCAGGAGAAAUUCUACCGCUGGUAGAAUCUGCCCCUAACUUUAGGAGGAUGGACAAGAGAAACAAGGACAAAAUACCUACUACAGCUAACCAAGAAGAGGACAUAGAAUCUGAGGAAGAAGACUCAAACCAAGUAAACUGUAUUCUCAAGCAGGAGGAAGAGAAGAAAGAAGGGGCAGUGGCUUUCCAGGUCUACAGAGCAUAUUGGUUGGCUGUUGGCAGCUGCCUUGCAUUGUCCAUCCUCCUCUCCUUGCUACUAAUGCAAGGUUCUAGGAACAUCUCUGAUUGGUGGCUGUCAAACUGGAUCUCCAGUCUUCCCCAUGCAGGAAAUACCUCUGUCAGCAACAUAUCCAUUCAGCUCAACUCACAGCUGCUACUAUUCUCCCAUGGGGUACUCAUUUCCCCAGUCUUGGUCUCCAGAACUUCAAAUGCUGCUUCAGAUGUGAACUUUUACUUGACAGUGUAUGGUUGCAUUGCUGGGGCAAAUUCUGUCUUCACCAUCCUAAGGUCCUUCCUCUUUGCCUAUGGCACCAUCCACGCUGCUACUGUUAUUCACAAUAGGCUGCUUAGAAGGGUGAUGAAGGCUACAAUGACUUUCUUUGAUACCACGCCAACAGGCCGUAUCCUUAAUCGCUUCUCUUCAGACCUGUAUUGUGUUGAUGAUAGUCUGCCCUUCCUUCUUAACAUCUUUCUGGCCAACAUCUUUGGCUUACUGGGCAUGCUAGUGAUGAUUACUUAUGGACUUCCUUGGAUCGGCCUAGUUCUGCUGCCCUUGGCAGUCAUCUACUACUCCAUCCAGCGUUAUUACCGAUUCACCUCCCGUGAACUCAAGCGCCUCUACAGCCUCACCUUGUCUCCUAUCUACACUCACUUUUCAGAGACUUUGACAGGUCUGAGCAUUAUAAGGGCAACUAGGGCCACAGACAGGUUUGAGACAGAGAACCAGCUGCGAUUAGAGCUCAACCAGCGCUGUCGUUUUGCUAGUAACACUGCGAUGCAGUGGCUUGACAUUCGACUGCAGAUGAUUGGAGUUGCAGUAGUUACUGCUAUUGCAGGAAUAGCAAUCAUCCAGCACCAGAGGAAUCUUGGAGAUCCAGGUCUUGUUGGCCUAGCCCUUUCGUAUGCCUUAUCAGUCACAAACUUGUUAUCUGGACUCAUCACCAGCUUCACCCAAACAGAGACCAUGAUGGUGAGUGUAGAACGGACAGAGGAAUAUGCCACAGAGAUCCCCAUAGAGCCUCAGGAGAAAGUGCUCCAGGUUGCACCUGAUUGGCCAAGUCAGGGUCACAUUGAGUUCCAGCAGGUGGUACUGGCCUAUCGGCCUGAGCUACCCAAUGCCCUCGAUGGGGUAACCUUUACUGUCUAUCCUGGGGAGAAAGUAGGGAUAGUUGGGCGCACUGGCUCUGGCAAAUCCACUCUCUUUUUGGCCCUUUUCCGAAUGGUGGAGCUGAAAUCUGGCCGAAUCCUCCUUGACAAUAUUGACAGCCAUUCCGUAGGCUUAAUGGAGCUGAGGUGUAGAUUGGCCAUAAUCCCCCAGGACCCAUUUUUGUUCAGUGGGACAGUCCGUGAGAACCUGGACCCUCAGGGACAACACACAGAUACUGAGUUGUACCAAGUCCUGGAGCAAUGUCACCUGCAGGCAGUAAUUAAACAGAUGGGUGGACUGGAUUGUGAACUGGGGGAGAGAGGAAAGAGUCUUUCUGUAGGACAAAGGCAGCUAGUUUGUUUAGCCAGAGCUCUCUUGACUCAGGCCAAAAUUCUGUGCAUUGACGAGGCCACAGCAAGUGUGGAUCAGAAGACAGACAAAUUGCUCCAGGAGACCAUCCGCCAGCGAUUUGCAGACAAAACUGUGUUGACUAUUGCUCACAGAUUGAACACAAUUCUGGACUCAGACCGAGUACUGGUGAUGCAUGCUGGGAAGGUAGCAGAGCUUGAUUCCCCUGCCAUUCUCAGCCAGAAGCAGGGCUCCUUGUUUCAGCACCUCCUUCAAAGUGGGCAACAAUGAUAUCCCUGCAGGGACUCAAACUUGGCAAUUAAUACCUCAUGACUGGAAGCCUCCCCUGUAGCAGUGGAGGCCCCUUCCCUGAUAUUUUUCUCCCUCUUCAGGACAUGCACUCCACAUUAUGCUGAAGAUCCAGAUUAUAACAAGGAGCCAGUAGAAGAAGAAAUGUACUCCCAAGUAAUGAGUGUAUGAACAGAUGCAUUUUAUCAGUUUCAGAAGUGCAUAAUUAUUUCACACAAGAAUUAAUGUCUUCUUCCAAGGGGCUUGUGAUUUAUGGGCUGAGGAAUUAUAUAUUUCUUUUGAAGGA